AUGAUCAGAUGUGCAAAGAAAACUAUUCCCCGAGGCAAAUAUAAACACUAUCGAGUGUUUUGGUCUAGGCACCUUGAGGAAGCUAAAGAGGGAUCCCUUCGCAACACUGCUGAUCAGACUGGACGAACGGAAGAUGUAAAAGCCUGGAGACGACAAUCAGAUGUCCUAAGAGUACAAGCCUGGAGACGACAAUCAGCUGUCCUAAGGCAAACAACAAGCUAA